CAAUACAAAAAACGAGCGGCUGCGAUUAUCUCAAUUAGUCUUCCUCGUGGAGUCGCGUUCUUCCACGCUCCCCUAAAAUCAUGCUAAAGCUGUUUGGGAACGGCAGCGAGGAAGGAUAAAUCGAGGCGAGAGGCGAGAGCGAGAGAGCGGAACCAUGGCAGGGCUUUACGAGAAGCAGGCGGAAAUAUACGCGCAGGCUCGGCCCAAAUAUCCGAGAGAGUGGUUCUCGAAGCUCGCCUCGCUCACCGCCCAUCACAAGCGGGCGUGGGACGCCGGCACCGGUAGCGGCCAGGCCGCCGUCAACGUUGCAGAACAUUAUGAGAAGGUGAUAGCCACGGACGUUAGUGAGGCCCAGAUCAAGCAUGCCAUCCCGCAUCCGAAGGUUCAAUACAUUCACACGCCUCUGUCCACCUCGGAGCAAGAUUUCGUAUCCAUGCUCGGAGGCGAAGGCUCGGUAGACCUGGUGACGGUGGCCACGGCCGUGCACUGGUUCGAUCUCCCGAGCUUCUAUGCCAUCGUGAACCGUGUUUUGAGGAAGCCUGGGGGAGUGAUUGCUGUCUGGGGCUACAACUACGACAUCCAUCCUUUGGAGGACGUAAUGAAGCGCUUCUACGUCUCCACCCUUCCUUACAUGGAUGAGAGACCUGGCUACGCCUUUGAACGGUACCGGAGCCUUCCGUUCCCAUUUGAAAGCAUCGGACUGGGGACCGAAGGCAGUCCUGCGAGUUUCGACAUGGAUCUGGAGGUAUCAUUUGAUGGUUUCGUGGAAUCGCUGAGGACGGGGUCUGCGGUAGCCACUGCGAAGGAGCGUGGAGUGGAUUUGCUGACUGAAGAGGUGGUGAAGGAGCUCCGGACUGCUUGGGGUGGAUCUGAUAUUAGGAAGAUAACUUACAAGGCUUUCAUGCUUGCCGGCACGCCAAAAUUGGAAGGCUAGCGCUGUGAGACUGACCCUAGAAGCUUUUCUUUUUUUUUUUUGGGUUCCAUCCGUGUGAGAAUAAAGUCGGGAUUUGUAUACGAUUUCUGCUCCAUUUUGGUCCACAAAAGACUGGUCCUGGCUCCAUCGUCACUAGACUGAAUUUGGAAUAAAUCGGGGGGCAUGCAUGCCUUGUCGAGUAAAGCUGUACGUCACUUUUGUUUUGAUUAUAAGCCAUUGGUGAUCCAUUGAGAUGGCACGGAAAA